AUGGUUCCCGUAGCGUUAAACGAAUCCGCGAGCGCAGCGCGUUCUCACAACAUGGCAAGCCGCAACGACAUGCAACUUCCCGCAAAAUACUCCUUCAAAUGCGCUGUGACAGACUCCAAAGGCCCAAGGCGAUUUAUGGAGGACGCUCACUCCGUCAUUGUCCCCUUCGGCGGGAUCCGAGGGCAGGGAUUUUUCGCCAUCUUUGACGGACAUGCUGGAAAGCAGGCUGCAGAGUGGUGUGGUCAGAACUUCGCCGAAUGCCUACUACAAUCGCUUCGCAGCGACACCACCGGAAACAUCCCGGACGUCCUCAAUCAGACUUUCCACGACGUCGAUGCGAAUCUCUCGAAGCUGGCGGAGGAAUCGGACGGCAAGAUGCACUCCGGGUGCACUGCCGUGACGGCCUUCCUCCGGCUCGAGGAUGCAGACGGGACGCAGAGCUUCGUACCCAAGAGCUUCGACCCCCUUGCGGUUGCCCUUGCUGCAGCGAACUCACACGAGGAGAAUGGCGUCGAGGACAGUGAAGGUGAGAGCAAGCCGAAGAAGAGUGCGUCAGACCGGCUGAAGAACGCUAUCAAAGGGCUGGGUGAGCGCAGGUCGCCGUCGCCCCCACAGCAGCAUGGGCCGUCUAACUCGGAAGCGGACACGGCGUGGACUCCGUCUGCAGAUGCGCAAAUGCGGCGCAUGCUCUACUGCGCGAACGCGGGAGAUGCACGGGGCGUACUGUGUCGCGCAGGGCGUGCGGUGCGUCUGACGUAUGACCACAAGGGCUCGGAUAAGCAGGAGGCGAGGCGUAUCAUGGAUGCCGGUGGAUUCGUGAUGAGCGGGCGCGUGAACGGUGUAUUGGCGGUGACGAGAAGUUUGGGUGACUCGUCGAUGAAGGAGUAUGUGGUGGGUGCGCCGUACACAACAGAGACCGAACUUGGAGAGGAUGAUGAAUUCUUGAUUCUGGCAUGCGAUGGGCUAUGGGAUGUUGUUGAUGAUCAGAAGGCAAUCGAGCUCGUCCGGGGAAUUGCGGAUACCAAGAAAGCGGCGGAGGAGUUGCUCGACUACGCAUACAAGAAUUAUUCGACGGACAAUGUUACAGUCUUGGUCGUUAGAUUCAGAAAUCCACCAGAAUCUGCAUGA